AUGUAUCAGCUACUUGCGCCCGCAGCCGCCUUGGCUCUAGGCGUUGCAGUCUUUCGGUCGCAGCCGAACCAGCCUCAAUGCCGUUGCCGACCCUCGGAACCGUGCUGGCCGAGUGCGGAUCAAUGGGGUACCUUCAACAAGUCGAUAGGGGGAAACCUGGCCAGGAUUCGACCCGUUGCCUCUGUAUGUCAUGGCCCAGAGUACGACGCUGCUGCUUGUACGGAUUUGUCGAGCCUGGCACGCGACAGCGGAUGGCGAGCCUCUAACCCUGGUGAGUCUCUCCCGGUUCCUCGUAAAGUGAUGCAGUGCAAGAAAACUAAUGAGCUCAUUGCCUCCACGAAGCAACCUUGCAAGACUGGCUAUGGGAGGGCAAUGGUCUCGCUGAGGAAAUUUGCCAUGUUGUCACGUCCCCGGAGGAAUCUCAACAAUCCGCCUGUCACCAAGGCAGGGUUCCUCUGUACUCGAUUUGCCAAGAAGCACAAUCUUCGUCUUGUGGUGAAGAAUAGUGGCCAUGACUGCGCUGGACGGUCGAGUUCUCCCGACUCAUUCCAAAUACAUACCAAUCUGCUGAAAGGAAUCACCUAUCAUGACAACUUUGUUGCUCAGGGUUCCGCUGCCAAAGGCUCCGGGCCUGCGGUCACUAUGGGUGCUGGAAUCAUGCAUUGGGAAGUGUACAGCGACGGCGCGAAGAACGGCUACACCAUUGUCGGAGGUGAAUGUCCAACUGUGGGCGCGGUGGGCGGAUUCCUGCAAGGCGGCGGCGUCUCGAGCUUCCACAGCUUCACAAAAGGCCUUGCAGUAGACAACGUCUUGGAAUAUCAAGUGGUGACUGCCAAUGGUGAGCUCAUCGCAGCAAACGAAUAUCAGAAUCGAGACUUGUUCUGGGCUUUGAAAGGAGGAGGCGGAGGUACCUUUGGGGUUGUUGCUCAAGCCACAGUUCGCGUGUAUCCUGAUGAUCCUAUCACAGUCGGCGCCAUAAGCAUAUCGACGUCUCUCACAAACAGCCUAUUUUGGACGAAAGGAGUCAGUGAGCUUCUACGUCUUUUGAAGAUUUUCAAUCAACAAGGAUUUCCGGGUCAGAUCGUCGUCAUGGGUCCAAACCAAGGUUCUGUGCAGGCCACGUUGGAAUUCCACUUUCCGAACACGACCGGCGAAUCAUACGUAAAUGGAUUGCUCAAUUCACAAAUGAGGCCUCUGGGGGAUCAUAAAAUUUCGACAAACUUGUCUAUCAGGGUGCAGAAAAAGGCAAGUUCCGAAGUUCGACUUGGGCCAGAUACUUAUCCACCGCAGUACGGGAUUGUACAAGGAUCUGUCCUGAUCUCUGCCGCACUUUUCAAUUCUGCGGAUGGUCCCCCUCUGAUUGCAAGGAACUUCUCCAACUUAAACCUGGGACCGAAUGAUAUUCUUUUCACUAGUAAUCUUGGUGGUCGUGUUAUGGAUAACAGCGAUAUCGAUAUCCCUCUCCAUCCAUCUUGGCGCUCUGCAGCCCAGUUGGUCACUUUGGUACGCGCAGUCGAACCGUCAAAUAAGGGGAAGCUGGCCGCUUUAGAAACCCUUCACUCACAUGAUAUGCCAAUUCUGUACUCACUGGAACCAAAGAAUAAGGUAUCGUAUCGUAAUCUGGGUGAUCCGUCCGAGAAGGAGUUUCAGAGUAGAUACUGGGGGCCAAACUACAAGCGUCUCGCCUCCAUUAAAGAAAGAUGGGAUCCGGACGAAUUAUUCAUUACUAGGCUGGGGGUAGGAAGCGAAGAGUGGGAUACUGAAGGGAUGUGCAGAAAGUCUAUUGGCCUUGUGGCUCGGGUUAGUGAGCUUCUCCGACUCUCGGGUAGAUGGAUAUUGGGGGGAUUUUCGUCUUUGAUACAGCAGGUAGAUAUAAUAGAUUCAUCUCGAUAA